ACCUGUUUGUUCUCCCGCGGGUGGAGCCCAGUGCGAGCUUCCUCGCCGCCCUGCAAGUUCGCCACCUUGCCCAGCGCCCCGCGCCCGGCGCCCAGCGCUCGUCCCCGGCCCGGCCUGGUGGAGAGAGCCGGAGCCCCGCCUCCACCCGACCCUCCGCUCGCCACGCGAGCCGUGCACCUGUGCCAGGAAGGGGAAAGUUGACAUGGAGACACUGGUGUGACAGUAACCUUCCGCUAGGGUCAAGAGGUGGACAGUACUUGUGUCAGUUCAUUUUCCCAAAGGGAAACUGAGGCACAAAGAAGAACUCAAUCAACACUCAUUUGAGGAUUAAGAAUGGAAACACAUUAUCAUAUCUCUCAGAUAUACACGACUCCACCAGCUCUUGCUUCCCAAUGCCCAAAGGACAUGAUAAAUUCAUGAAGUGACAGCCAUAUGCUUGCCUUUGGCCCAGGAGCCCUGUUGAAUCAACUGAGAAGUGAUUUGCAGAGCAGGCACCAUGAGCAUCUCAGCUCUUGGAAGCAGCACCAAAGGGAAGCCUCUCACAGCAGGUGAAGAGGAGCGCAGUAAUGUACUCAAGCAGAUGAAGGUGCGGACCACUCUGAAGGGGGACAAGAGCUGGAUCACCAAGCAGGAUGAAUCGGAGGGCCACACCCUAGAGCUGCCCUCUGGUCGGAGUCGUGCCACAUCCUUUUCAUCAGCUGGAGAAGUGCUGAAGCCCAGCAGGCCUACGAGCACAAGGGCUUCCACUGGCUAUAUCAUCCGGGGAGUGUUCACCAAGCCUGUAGACAGCUCGUCCCAGCCCCAGAAGCACUUUCCUAAAGCCAAUGGAGCUCCAAAAAGCACUGCCAGUGUGGUAAGAGCAGCUCCUGCUGGACCUCUCCGUCCCUCCUCCUCUGGCUACAGGAUGACCACUGAGGACUACAAGAAGCUGGCACCUUAUAACAUCAGGCGCAGCUCAGCAUCAGGGGCUGCUGAAGAAGAAGAUGUGCCCUUCUCUUCUGAUGAGCAGAAACGGAGGUCAGAAGCUGCCAGCAGUGUGGUAAGGAAGACAGCUGCCUGGGAGCGCUCCUACGUCCUGUCAGCAGCCAAGAAGAGCACCAGCAGCCCUGCCCAGGAGAUGCAGGCCCCGUUUAUUGCGAAGAGGGUGGAUGUGGUGGAUGAGGAUGGGCCUUCUGAGAAGAAUCAGGACCCACCUGCUCUGGCAAGAUCUCCUGGCUCCAGCAGUUCGAAUAGAGGCCGAGGAAAAGUGUCUCAUGCAAUUUGGAUUGAAUGCAUGCCGAGUCUGCCAAGCCCUGCUGGGAGCCUGGAGCCCAGUGCAAGAGGUGAGGAGAUUGUCUGCCUGCAGAUCACGACGCCUGUGGCAGGACUCCGCCAGAUGGCCCCAGACCUGGAAGGAAUGAGAUCUCCCCCAGAUUCCAAAGAUAAGGAAACCCUCAGUCCCAGAGAGCCUAAGAGAGACUUGGCUGCUGAGGAGGCCUUUAAGGCCCCCAAUCCAGACUCUGAAAGGUCACAUGCACUAUCAAGGGAUGGCAUCGUGGAAUCCAGAGCCACGGGCUGCCUACCUGAAGGCCUGACUGGAGCAGACAUCAGUCCGGGAAGAGGAGGGGUGUGCUCAACUGUUGGCUUCACCCCUCUCCUGGAUGAUGAGGAUGUGCUUAGUGCCAACUCUCAUCCUCGUAAAUCUGGAUCAGCGGUCACCAGCUGUGUUGCCACUUUGGCCUCUUCUGUACCAGCUGACAUAAAGAGUGACAGCCUAGCAGACCUGGAGAACAUGGAAGCAAACUUGAAGGGAUCGUUGGCUGGUUUUGAGGAGACAAAUGUGGUCAGCAAGCUGGGGGAGAACUGGCAGAAGCCUGGAGCCCUGUGUGGUGGCCAGGAAGACCCAGCUGCAUUUUCCCAGAAGCCUGAAGACCCCAGCACUGCAGAGGGGAAGGGCAGCCCCAGAAAACCCCAGCAGCUCAUGGAUUUGGAGAGCCAGGCCAGCAGAAACCCCUCAAGCUGUGUGGUCACUGUUACAGUCACUGCUGCCACUGAGCAGUCUCACAUUUACAUCCCAGCCUCCCCAAGUGAAUUGGACCCCAGCUCAACCAGCAAAGGGAUUCUCUUCAUGAAGGAGUAUAUGAAUGCCAGUGAGGUAUCUUCCAGGAAGCUGGUGUCUUCACACUAUAGCAGCAUCAGCAGCACUGAGGACUCCUUCAACAUGGAGAAGAAACCCCCAUAUGCCAGCACACCAUACUUUGAGAGAACAACUGGAGGGAUCUGUACUUACUGCAACAGAGAGAUCCUAGACUGUCCAAAGAUUACCCUUGAACAUCUUGGCAUUUGCUGCCAUGACUAUUGCUUUAAGUGUGGGAUUUGCAGUAAACCAAUGGGUGAGCUCCUGGAUCAGAUCUUCAUUCACAGUGACACCAUCCACUGUGGAAAAUGCUAUGAGAAGCUCUUCUAGGCUCUCCAGGCUAAGAAGAAGCUGAUGACUUCUGCACAAGUCUAGCCAUCCCCAGUUAUCCCAACUUGCUGGCUGCUCUUCCCUUAUCACUUGGUUUCUUCAUCCUUUGCCCUUCUCAAGUUGAACUUGCUUACAUCCAAUAACAUAUGCUAAUGAUGCUAUGGUAAUUACUUAUGUGUGUAGCUUUUUAUAGCUCAGAAAGUACUUCACAUCCAUGACUUAUUUCAAGAUCAAGCAAAGAAGAUUGAACAAGAAUUCCAUCUUUGCUUCCCUAAGGCAUGUCGGCUGCCUGAUGAGUUUAGGUGGCCUGGUAUGAUAGGCUUAGGCAGGGGCAUUAGGUUCAAUGUGUACUGACUUGGGACAGAGAGCAAAUCACACUUUGGUUUGUAGGUCUGAGUGUACCUUUGAUACUUUAGAAUACAAGGGGACCCCUGAAGCUUUUGAGGGACUAGGUUGAAGACUACUGACAAUCCCUGAUGGGUAAAUUGCAGACAUUGAAUGCUAGGGAUUGACAUAGGCCAAUGUUUAAUUUCUCUAUUUGCCAUAUAUACAUUUUAAACUUUCCAUAUACUUUGAAAAGUAGUUAGUUGCUUUUGAUUGAGUUAUAUAGCAGAUUUUAAUUACCUCCUCUACCCCCUUUCACUAUAUAGUAGAGGUUAUCUUUCCUGCAGGCAUGUGGGCACGUAUUCGAAAGUGUACACAAUUUUGUUUAAAUUCUAUGGGAUGUGAUUGUUAGGAGGCUACUGACCAAAGGAACAUCUGUGUCUGAUCUUGAUAGCUGAUUAAUACCUUUGCCCUCAAUUCCCAAUCCCGAAGCUUUACACAGAAAUCUUCUAAAGUAGAUAUAGAGUGCAUACACUCCAGCAGGAUUAAGCAGGAAGAAAAGCAGUUAAUGUUUCUUGAAGCCUUACGACAUGCCACACAUUAUCACAAAGUGAUGGUGUUAAUGCCCAUUCUAAUUCUUUGUGGAGGGUAUUCUUGUCCCCAGUUUACCUAUGAGGAUAUUGAAGCUUGGAGAGGUGGUCAUUGUAUUAUGCAGAACCAUUGCUGUCUCUUCAGUAAUACUAACCACAACAGCAAGCACUGAUUUAGUGCUGAGUAUGUGCCAAGUACUGUGCAGAGGUUACCUAAUCUUAUCAGGUAACACAGUUCCCCCUGACAAACUCUAACACCGUGGGGAAGGUAUGAAAUCACACUCCUCCUCUGGGUAUCCUGGGUCACCCCAUGAAGUACCACAAGGACCAAACUGUCCCCCUUCCCUCUCCUCCUCUUUCUGUAAAAACAGUUUUGAACUGAAAUGCUCUCAGACGGGAAGAGAUAUGACUCACAGACCUUCCUAAAGAGGAGUUUGUCACCCCACGGAAAGUUUCAGUGGGCUAGCUGAUCUGAACACAGGGCCUUCAGUGGCCUUCUAUUGUCCAAUCCAGACUCUUUUCCAAGCUAGUAGAAACCUAUUGGCUGGCUGGACAGCUGCAGGCCUAUCCAUGUAGUCAGUGAUGCUCUGCUCAGAUUCAAUUGUGCUCCUCUGCCUUUGGGACCAGCAACACUGUAAGCUCCUCAAGGGGAGGAACAACCUGGGAGUAUUUCUAAUGAGAAAUGAGAGCCUAUUCUCUUUAUUACAAAAAGUUUCUCCAUCUCUCUUAAGUUUCUGCGCCCUGUGCACACUGACUGGUGGACUUGUUCUUCCCGCCAAAUGAUCAGAGUGGAACAUUCCAUUUAUUUUCAUAGAUGGGCAUCAGAUUUGCUCUGGAGAAAACAAGUGGCACAAUUACCAACACUAAAUAUAAGCUAGUCUCUCUGAAGUCUAGCCUGCAGCAUGAGACUUUGCACAUGGUAGACACUGACACAUAGAUGCUGAGUAAAUGAGUGAAAGCAAGGGUAAGAUCACUCCUUGGGGUGGGACAUUCCAUCCCUGAGUCUUGGUACAGGACCAGCUAAUGGAGAGCAGGAUAAAGAGGUCCAAGAUAGUCUGGCUUCCCUACCUUCAAGUUACACUCUGCCUUUAAAGGGAGUUUUAGAACCAACAUGCAAGAGAUUGACAGAAACCUUGCAAAAUCAAUGUUGAUUUCAAUCAAAAAUAACCUUUUCAAUCUAAAAAGGCAGGAAUUCUGCAGACUCAAGGAAGAGUGGUGGUUGCUUUACACUUUUGCUUCUUUUUAAUUGCCUAAUGUUUUUAAUCAUACUUGCUUAACCUGUAUCAAUACACACAAUUGUAAUAAAUGUUAAGAUACUACA